AUGGCUGAUACAUUUAUUCAAUCGUCUAAUCCACAGAAAUGGAUUCCCAAAUUUCCCAUUGAUCAUAACAGAUUAGCAGCAUUGUGUUUUAAAGAAACUUUGUUGAUUUGUCUCAAAAAUGAAAUAAUCACGCAGAUAAAUUCGAUAGGAAAUUGUUGCAUUUCUGUAGAGAGAAUCGGUCCUCAAAAACAUGAAUUUUUAAUUAAUACAAAAUUCUGCAUAAAUACUGAUGAUUAUUUUGGUGGAUCAAAAGUUGUUUGUUCAUCAACAAACAAAUUCAAUUGCCUGGAAGAAAAAAGGACAGAAUAUGUAUAUCAUAAAGGCAGCUUAAAUGAAAAAACAUUAUUUAUGGGAAUUCAAGACAAUAGUUAUUAUGUAGAAACAAGUCAAACAUAUCAACAUAACAGAUUUAGGAAUUGUAAAAAUCUAACAUAUCCACAGAAUAUAAAACUAUUAAGUGAAGGCACAAAUUUAUUACUUAUGAGAUAUCUCACAAUAAUUAACUAUAAUGGAACAUUAACAUUUCAAAACAUAAUGAUUGAUGGAAAUAUCACUACAUGUCAAUAUAAAUGCACUCCUGCAGAAUAUAUGAAAUUAUAUAAAAGUCACAUAAAAGUGUACACAAUUGAACGUGUAAUAGAAACUCAAAAUGGAAAUGUAGAAAGUAUGAAAACGUAUUUAACACCAAAAGGAAAAAUAUUAGAACACAAUUGGUUGUCAAAAUCUUACAUGUUAAAAAGCAAAUCUUUAGAAAAUGUAAACCCAAUGACUGAAAAACUUAAAAUAGCAAUACGAAAUAAUUAUUGGGCAGAGGAUAUGGAGAUAUUCUCUAAAUAUUUAGACGAAAAAUGUAAUGAAGUAACAAAGUUCAUAGAAUAUUUAAUUAAUCAUGUUGAAGUAAAGCAUUUAAUAGCUGACUAUACACAAACAUUACUAAUUGUGAAACCUCUCCAUGUAGUAGAUUUUACAAUACAAUUUUUUAAGGCAUUUUCCGUAUGUCCAGAAAGUCAGGAAUUUAUUUCAACGGAACAAAUUUCAAAGAUCACUAUACCUACACAACAAAGACAUUCAAAAAUGUGUGAUUUUUAUCCUUUAUGCACAAGUUGCAGAAUGGCAAGUAUUUAUCAUAGUUAG